CUUGAAGAGAAUGAAGGCCAGUCAACUAAUCAGUGGGGAUAUCUACGAUCAGAUCCGGCCAACAGGUUCAAUAAUACCAAGACUUUAUGGUCUACCAAAGGUACACAAGGUUGGUCUCCCACUUCGUCCAAUUCUGGAUAUGUCAGGUUCCCCUUACCACUCUAUUGCACAAUGGCUAGCAGAUAUUCUGGAACCUGUAAGGAAGCAAUUAUGUACGUACUCGCUCCGUGACACCUUCCAGUUCAUCGAGUGCAUACAAGACACGAAUGUAUCUAACAAAAUUAUGCUGUCCUUCGACAUCGAGUCACUUUUCACCAAUGUCCCACUCACAGAAACGGUCUGCUUCAUAUGCAGAUAUAUAGAUGACAACCACCUCGAUAUUGGAAUACCGACAACAUACUUGAAAGAACUAUUAUUGAGAUGCACUCUGAACGUCCAGUUCACAUUCAACGACACCAUCUACAGACAAAAGGAUGGUAUUGCAAUGGGAUCUCCGUUGGGUCCACUACUAUCAGAUUGCUUCGUGGCAAGCCUCGAGAGAGGUUCACUAAAGCCAAGCAUCGACAAUUUGCGACUGUAUAAAAGAUACGUGGAUGACAUUUUCAUUAUUUGUGACAACAACAACGACCCCAAUCUGCUGCUGAAGACAUUUAACAAUUGCCAUCCAGCAAUAAAAUUCACUCUUGAAAUGGAAAACGAGUCAAAAAUUCCGUUUCUUGAUGUGGAACUGACAAGAAGAGCUGAUGGGAGCCUAAGAAGAUCAAUCCAUAGAAAACCUACGUGGAAUGGUCAACUAACAAGCUUCUAUAGCUGGGUGCCCAUUCAACAAAAGCGAAAUUUAAUUAAAUCACUUGCUACCCGCAUCCGACGCAUCUGUAGUCCCGACGUUCUGGAAACAGAAUUAGAUAUUCUGAGAGAAAUAUUCAUCCAAAAUGGAUACCCAAUAAGAUUUAUCGACAAAAAUAUGAAACCAAUAAUUCGGAAAAACGAAACUUUAACUGCGCCUAAAAAGAAAAUCUACAUGAAUUUGGAUUUCAAGGGAGAUUUAGCAAGCGAUAUUCUCAAGAGAAGGAUCACAUCAUCUCUGAGAAGAACGUUCUUUGCAGCAACGCUACGAAUAGUGUUCUCCAGUCGCCCACUGAUCUGCAGAAGCCUCAAGGACAAGAUCCCGCAUCUGGCCACUUCUAUGUGCAUAUACCAGUUCACCUGCUGCUGUGGAGCCAGGUACAUCGGUCGUUCGACGCGCAUCCUGUCCAAGAGAAUUCAAGAACAUUAUCCAGCAUGGUUGCGAAAAGGCAAUACUGGUGCAAUAAGGAGUGCGAUAAUUGAACACCUGGUCAACACUGAUCAUUGCAUUUCAACGAACGCCUCCUUCAAAGUAAUCUACAGAGUCAAGAAUAACAUAUCAAAGGCAAUACGGUUUCGUCUCCUUUGCAUCGCUGAAGCUCUGGCCAUUCACAUGGAAAAACCGGAGCUGUGCAUACAAAAGAAGAUUACUCAACCACUUCUACUCUCAUGGUAACAAUGUUUUGAUUUGUUUUGAGCUUUUAUUUUUAUUUUGAUGACUUAAUUUUGUUUCUUUGCCUGUUCCUUAAUUGCUUAUAAUUCUUGUAUUCACUUAAAUCUCUUACAUAGUUUCGUAUUAUCUACUUUGUUUCUAUGUGCAUCCUGAGUAAAACUCACUAUUAUUAUUACAACUGUUUGUGACAACUCAUCAUUUUUUUUACUACCCUAGUUUCAUUAGCACUUAAUUGUCUUGACCUGUAUUACCAACCUUCAC